AUGAGUAUUAGCGAUAACUGUCGAAAAGUAGCCGGAAAUAAAUGGUCAGAAAAAUUGAAGUAUUGUAUUUUCACGGAUUUUGGAAGCUUUUUUCAGACACCAACAGCAUUUCCUCAUUUGCGGCAACUUGUCCACAACAAUAAUGAAACUCUUCGAGAAAUUAUUUCAAUUUUUGAUGAAAGAGCAGCAUUGGAUUUUGCAUAUGCAAAAACUAUGCAAAAGUUAUCUUCAAGAUUGCAUAAAAUUUCAACAAAUACAACUGGAAUUGUUGACCGAUCGUGGAGUUACGUUGCUGAUCAGUUUGAUGCGCAAGCAAGUAUACACAACAAUCUGGGGUCAGCCAUCACAGAUGACAUUGUUCAACCACUUCGUGCCAUCUUCAGCUCACAACAAAAAACAAUUCGUGCUACUGAACAAUUAGCCAAUCGCGAAUUACGAUUUUUAAAUGCAAAACGUGAUGAACUGACAAGAAUCAAGCGCUUGUUGCACAGUUCCAGUCGUGACCUUGAAAAAAUUGAGCAACUCGUCGAUAAUGAUCGAACUUCAAAUAUUAAGUUAUCAGUGAAAAAGCGCAAAUUAUUAGAACAAGUAAUGAAGCAAGAACAAGCAUAUAUAGAAGAAACAAUAGCAGCUGAACGCCAACGACGUGUCACCGAUGGCGUACUACGUAAAGGGGUCGAAUACCUGGAGCUUGUCGAAAAACAACGUCUUGCUCACUGUCAAACAGCUCUUGGACGAUUUCAAAUGAAAAUCGCUCAACUAGGGCCAAAUUUGAAUGUGAUGUUCGAGCGCUGCAUGAAUGCUUUGAAUGAUGCUGUAAAUGCAGAAUUGGAUGAGCAAAUUCUGCUGCUAAUACCCAGUUUUUCUACAAAACACACUGUUUAUUUAUGUGACUUUCAUGCAGAAAAUUUCGCAGAAGUGAUCGCUGGACAACGACGCCGUUGGACGUUAGAACGUGUAGCGGCGAUUAUUGAGGAAUAUUUACAGCGUGCUCAAGUGGAAGUAAUUCCAACUUCACCUUCUACUAAUUUUGCAAAUUUUGGCUUAGUCCAAACAGUGCUUACGAUACCGUUAGAUGAAUUUGAACACGCGGAAAAGCCAUCUGCUCCAAGUUUCCCUACAACGUCAAGUGUGGGAGAUGAAACUGAAGCGACUACGAGUGAACUGCGUGAACCAUUGGAACAAUACGUGGUACCACGUUUAUUAUCAUAUGCUGAAUCUCAAAAUAUGCAAAUUAGUCUGCCAUCAGGAAUUAGUGGUGAAACAACAAGUAAGCAGAUCUACCGUGUCCUUUAUGAUUUCUCGGCAACUUUAGAAGAUGAACUAGAAGUCCACGCUGGAGACUGUGUCUUGGUGGAAGGUAAAAUUGGAAAUGAUUGGCUGAUCGGUCAGAUUAUUUCCAAUAAUUCAAGUAAUAAUAUUAGUAAAAAUAUUAGCAAUGGCAACAGUACUUGCAAUAGUCAAAUGACGUCAAACGGAGAAAUAAUAGCACGGAACAACAAAGUUGGUCGAUUUCCAGCGUCUUAUGUAGCUUUUACUCAUGACAGCUGA